AAUGUAUAAUUGUUAGAAUACUUUGUACUUGUGCCACGCAAUGAAACAUUCUCGUUACUGGCCGCUGACUGUGGGCUAACCGUUCAGGCGGAGCCGUGGACACCCCGCCGAAGCGCCCCCACUGACACCAGACUGGCGGUCUGUCAGCGGUCGAUCGGUCACGUGACCGGCCGCGCGCUAUCUGCGUGAGCUGCGGCGGCGCGCGAGCGGGGAGGCUUGAGUGACUUUGGGUUGUGGGGACUAUGGCUGUACCUUGACGUGUUGGUAACGACGUGUUUUUAGCCUUUUAGUGGCCGAACAGACGAAGCCAAAGCGGGCAAGAGCGUCGCAAUAAGAAGGCGAGAAUAUGGCCGGCGACAUGUUAAGCGCGCUGCAUCUAUGUCGCCAUCACCUGGCCCUGCUGCGCGUAACCACACUGUCUGGAUCCCAGGUGGUACUGCACAGGCCCUUCAGUUCACACAGGCGGGGAAAAGACCGAGGGCUGUUGAAGAAGAUGCUGCUCGGCCUCUUGUUUGGUGCCCCCCUUGUGGCUGGGGUCCAGUACGGCAUAUCGGAUAAUCGGGAGCGGCGGAAGUUGAGGAUCUUGGUAGAGGGGGUUGGCCGAUUCUGUAGGUCGCUGUUUGUUGGAAUCCAGAUUUCAGUUGAUUAUUGGUGGACGGCCAAUGUAACGCUCCGCAGCUUGGAUGAGAGCAGCCAAGCCUUUAAGGACGGCAUGACGGCCUGCCACCAGAGGGCAGCAGAGAGCAUGGUCAGUGGUGCCGUACAGAAUGGGGGCCUGUACAUUAAGCUGGGCCAGGGCCUCUGCUCCUUCAAUCAUCUGCUACCCCCAGAGUACAUUCGCACUCUGCAAGUGCUGGAGGACAAGGCACUCAGCCGGAAGUACAAGGAGGUAGAUGCACUCUUUCUAGAAGAUUUCAGUACUACGCCAGAUAAGAUGUUCAAAACAUUUGACUAUGAACCUGUGGCAGCUGCAAGCUUAGCUCAGGUACACAAGGCAGAGUUGCACGAUGGAACUCCUGUGGCCGUUAAGGUGCAGUACAUAGACCUGAGAGAUCGAUUUGAUGGGGAUAUUCGGACUUUGGAGAUUCUUCUGGAUGUCAUAAAAUUAAUGCAUCCCAGCUUUGGAUUCCGAUGGGUCCUACAGGACCUGAAGGGGACUCUGGCACAGGAGCUGGACUUUGAGAAUGAGGCUAGGAACUCUGAACGCUGCGCAGAAGAUCUCAAGCAAUUCAGAUUUGUCAUAGUUCCCAAGGUUUUCUGGAAUCAGUCUAGCAAGAGGGUGCUCACAGCAGAAUAUUGUGAGGGCUGCAAGAUAAACAACAUAGAAGGAAUCCGACAGCAAGGGCUUGACUUGCGAGAUGUUGCCGACAAGCUGAUCCGGACGUUCGCAGAGCAGAUCUUUUACACUGGCUUCAUCCAUGCUGACCCUCAUCCCGGCAACGUGCUGGUGAGAAAAGGACCAGAUAAUAAAGCAGAGUUGGUUCUUUUGGAUCAUGGGCUUUAUCAGCUACUCAGCAAAAGCGACAGGGUGGCCUUGUGCAAGCUUUGGCGUGCCAUCAUCCUGCGGGAUGAGGAUGCCAUGAGGAAACACUCCAAUGACCUUGGGGUCAAAGACUACCUCCUGUUCUCUGAGAUGCUGCUGCAGCGGCCCAUCAACAUGCGUGAGCUGGGUUUGGGCAACAUCCUGACUCGCGAGGAGACGUCCUACAUGCGAGACAUGGCCACGCACCACUUCGAGAACAUCAUGAGGGUGCUGAAGUCCCUGCCGCGGCCCAUGCUCCUGGUGUUCCGCAACGUCAACACCGUGCGCAGCAUUAACAUCACACUGGGGGCGCCCGUCGAUCGCUACUCUGUCAUGGCCAAGAGUGCUGUGAGGGGCUGGGGCCGCAUCCAGGCAGAGGAGGCCGGGCGAUUACCCAGGAUCUGGGUGCUUCACUGGCUGUGGGCAGCCUGGGAGGGCCUCAAGUUUGAGUGCGCUCUCAGGUCAGAGAUGGCAAAGAUGAGUCUGACCCGCUCAUUACUGCGACUUCUCUCCUACUUCGGCCUGGUGACGCUGGAUGACAAAAUCCAUCAGUACCUCCAGUAAAUAAUUUUUUUAACCUUGACACACAGUGUAUGGAACCACUGAGCUGAAGCUGAUUGGAUAGCUGUCUUUAUGGACCAAUGAAGUUCGGUUUUGAAGAAACAAAGUUCAAAGUACGGUGGCUCUGUUGGGUAAUGCCCUUGCAGGUGGGAUACUCUGGUCAACAUAGGUUAUAGAUAAAGUAGGAGAUUGGUAAUGUAAGGGUUAUGUGUGGGGUGUCCCCCUCCCCCUCCCGAUCAAACAGCUGGACAGAACUGGGCUUGACAAGUCACAGACCUUAGGAUAUAGGACCUUAUGUACAGAGCAGAUGGUUUCAGGAAACUUUAAAAGACUGAUUACUUAAAAUAUUCAAAGCCAAACUUUUUUAACAAAAAAAAAAAAACCUGACAGGGUGCAACAGAGCUUGCUGGACUAAAGCAGAAAUCAUGAAAGUGACUAAGAACUGAAUUAUGUAUCCCAGCCAAAUGAGACGUUUUACUUUGACCUUAAUUUUUAAUGGUUUUUUAUUGUGUUUACCUUGACUGAAUAAAUCAGUCUCAGAAUCAUAGAUUAGUGCAGUUGUACUAUUCCUGAAACAAGCCGUCUUAAAUUAUAUUACACACGUAUUAAAUGUAUAUCAUUUUUCAUGUAAAUGUGGCAGUGAGCCCACAUUUAGGUAGGUAACGCACAGAAUCCACAUAGACAACUAAAUAUGCAAGAAAAUGGUUCAUUUUCCUCAUCAGCCCUCUUUUCCACACAUCACAAACCUGAUUUUCUGUGAAUUUACUGUCACCCAAACCUUUCGUGUAUUACAGUGACGCUUUCUCAGUACACUGUACACUGUGUAUACAAAUGUGGCAUGACGUGCAGCUGCAGUAAACUUGGUGAUUUUUAACUUC